GACUUCUUCUCAAACGUUGUUAAUUGCUCGUUAAAUCUCAGGCCAACUUAAACCAUCUCCUUCACCUCAUUUAUCCCCCCAACUAACAAGUUAGUGACCACCUCACCUCCUUUUUCGAACUGUUGCUGAGCAGUCAUAUCCAAAGACAACGGGUUUAUACCGCCAUCUUCCGCCUGAUGUAUUGACACAACUCGAUCCCGAUGGCGCCCUCAACCAUUUUCUCGUUUGCUUGCCUUUCUUUCCGGGUUCGUUUACGCCGUUCGACUUUUAUUUGAGAAACAAGGUGCUGCACCAGUUUUCGCUCUGUUUUUGCCCUCACUAUCUUACCUUUUUUUUUUUUCUUCUCCCCUUCUCGGGCUAUUUUCUUUCGUUUCGUCUGGGGGGAAUUUCGAACCUAUCCUUUUAACCGUCGAUUUCUUCAAGUCGUCCUUUGAACCCGGUCUUUUCCGCUCUGGCGUCAUCGUGAAACGGGUUGGUUGUCGCAUAAGGGUCAAGGCUAGACGAGACGAAAAUCCUCUGGAAGGGCUUAUAGCAACUCCCCUCAGGGUUUAUUGGGAGUUGUUCGUCUCGAGUAGCGGGUCAAGAUGAAGUUUGGAAGGAAUUUACCCCGUAAUAUGGUGCCGGAAUGGAGUGCCAGCUACAUCAAAUACAAGAGCUUGAAGAAGCUCAUCAAGUCCGCGAUCCAGGCGAAGAAAAAUGGAGAGGAGCCUGAUCUGGCUGGCUUCUUCUAUUCCCUCGACCGAAACCUCGAAGAUGUGGAUCAAUUCUACAACAAAAAGUUUGCAGAUUGUUCCCGUAGAUUGAAGCUGCUUGAAGACCGCUUCGGUCACUCGGUGAUGCCUUCACACCGGCUUGAUGCUGAAGAUUUGGAUGAUCUUUUGGCCGCUUUGUUGGAGCUGCGUGGACAGCUGAGAAAGUUACAAUGGUACGGCGAGGUGAAUCGUCGAGGAUUCAUCAAAAUCACCAAGAAGCUGGACAAAAAGCUCCCCGGUGCGCAGGCGCAAAUGAGAUACUUGCCCACCAAGGUUGAUCCGUCGCCGUUUGCAACCAACGCUCGGCUGACGAACCGUAUGAAAAUUGUUAACGACUGGUUGUCGGUGCUCGGAGACGAAAAAUCCAUGGACGAUGCCAGUUCGACCCACUCUUCUCUAUCUUUGAAGAAAGUGCCGUCUCGCCAGAGCCUAAACCUCCCUGCAAGCCUGCUUAAUGCUGUCGAUGAGGCUCUCCGUAGGGAUGACACCCACAUCCUUUUAGAGCUACUGCAGACAUUAAAGAUCGCGGCCGAUGAUCUUGGCGACAAUGUAUACCCCAGAGUAUUGAAAUCACUUUUGCAGCGAUCGAUUUUUAACCGUUCAAAGGCGUGCCUCAUUGCUUUGCUUGGAAAGCUUGAAAACCUUGACGAAGAAGAUGAUAUUAACAAACGCAACUGUAUCCAUCGAUUAGUGAUCUCUAUUGGAAGAUCACAAACAACCGCCGAUUCUGACACCUCUGCAUCUACGGUUCUUAACUUCCCCGUUGAUAACUCGAAUUAUAUAACUCCGGCGGCUCCGCCCUCUCUUGUACCUCAGGUCCCCGUGACAAAGGAGGCAGACCAAUCCACGAUUUUGCAGCGUGAUGACCCUUCUGUCGCAUUUCUCGAGUACUUGCUAGACAAUCUCCAGCCCCGCCAUCGUUCUGCUUUGCUGGCCAAAGACAUCUCUGGCCGCACCCCGUUGCAUUACGGUGCGCAGUAUGGGUUCAAGGUUGUCUGCGAAGUGAUCAUCGAGCACCUUCAGGCAUGGGAUAUGUUUGAUGUCUCGGAAGGCAUCGACGGCCCUAACUGGCAAGACGAAGAAGGUUGGGCCCCUUUACAUCUGAGCGUCGUUCGAGGGCACCCUCUCACGACCCGGGCUCUCCUCGAUGCGGAGAACUGGAGGGGCAGGAGCGAGGAAAAGGCGGCCAUCCGGAAACACGUUUCCAAAUCUAGUGCCGUUCUCGCUUUGGCUACGAAAGCGAACUUCAUUGACAUUGUCCAGCUCUUGGUUGACGCCGACGUUGAUAUCAAUUAUCAAGAUGACCAAGGAGAAACUGCCUUGCAUGUUGCUGCUCGGUUCGGCCACGAGAAAUGUGCGAAAGCGCUUCUCGAAGGCACAGAGCACCAAAAGGCAAACACAGAGCUUGCGGAGAACACCUACUCCUGGACACCCUUAUUCAUUGCUUGCGUCGAUGGAAAUAUUGGUGUUGUCCAACUUUUGAUUGAAGCUGGUGCUGACCUCGAGAGACCUGAUUCUUCAGGAUGGACUGCCAAAGAACAUGCUGCACUCAGAGGGCAUAUUUCGAUCGCUAAGCUUUUGGCAGAAGCUACAUCCACCACCGAAUGUUGCAGCGAGUCCGAUGUUUCUGUGCCCACUACCCUCUCUUCGUCUCCGCCGCUUCAAUCCUCCCUGGCCGAUCGCAAAUCCAACACCAAUGGAAAUGGUCGGCCCGCGGAGGCCAUUAAGACCUUUGGCCAUAGAUAUUUGACUGAUGAGAGCAUGGUCUUGGUCAGUCUUGGGACAAUGGACAUGAGGAAGCACAUUCCGGCGGUCAACCUUGACCGCAUUCCCAUGGCAAAUGCACAUCUUACUCAACUUGACACUGCUCUAUCCAUCGUUGUUUCUGCAAGUGGUGCUCAUGGUGAACCAGAGAUCAUUGACCUGCCGAUCCAGGAUAACCUGUCUACCGAACCUAUUGUUUUCCAUUCCGCCGAUGCGACCAAGGCGAAGAUUAUUUUUGACCUGGUCCCAACUUAUGCUGGGUCAAAAGAUCGUGUCCUUGGAAGAGGAGUUGCAUUGUUAUCCAGCAUCAAGCCUCACGUGGGAUCUAAGCGCAUCAGUCUCCAAGGCGACUCCACCGUGCCCAUUAUCGCUGCCAACACCCUUGACGUUAUCGGGUCGGUUACGUUCAACUUCUUGAUCAUUACUCCGUUUUGUCAUCCGAAGAUGUCGGUCACGGAGGAUCAGACGUACUGGAAGACCAUGGCUUCGACAAUGGUUAUCGGACAUCGAGGUCUUGGAAAGAACAUCGCUGGCCGGAAAUCAUUGCAGUUGGGGGAAAACACGGUCCAGUCCUUUAUCGCUGCUGCAAACCUUGGAGCAUCUUAUGUUGAGGUGAAUAUUCAGCUGACCAAAGAUCAUGUUCCUGUUAUCUAUCAUGACUUUUUAGUCAGCGAGACAGGAAUUGAUGCCCCGGUGCACACCCUUACUUUGGAACAAUUCUUGCAUGUCAGCGACGGUCGAACUCCCCGUGCAACUCAGAAUACCAAGAGCGCUCGAAGUGCUAAUCCGUCGCUGGACAAUUUGCGAGAGGCUCCUAUACGGCAGAGAUCUAUGUCGGUUGGUGAAGAAUUGGGUGUGCCAAACUUUGAUGAGAGGAUGAAGCAUACCAGAGAUUUUAAGAAAAAGGGAUUCAAAGGCAACACACGCGGAAGUCAUAUUCAAGCCCCUUUCGCCACGCUCAGGGAUUUAUUCAAAGAGCUACCGAAAUCGGUUGGUUUCAACAUGGAAAUGAAAUACCCUAUGCUUCACGAAAGUGAGGAAGAAGAGAUGGACACCUACGCUGUCGAGCUUAAUUCAUUUGUCGACACCGUGCUCACCACCGUCUACGAUCUCGGCGAAGGUCGCAACAUGAUUUUCUCAUCGUUUAAUCCAGACAUCUGCCUGCUUCUUUCCUUCAAACAGCCCUCUAUCCCUGUCCUGUUUUUGACAGACUCGGGAGUCGGGGCUGUCGGAGAUAUCCGCGCGAGUAGUUUGCAGGAAGCGAUUCGCUUUGCGUCCAGGUGGAAUCUCUUGGGCGUUGUCACGACGGCAGAACCACUAGUGAUAAGUCCCAGAUUGGUGAAGGUGGUGAAAGAGUCUGGAUUGGUUUGCGUCUCGUACGGGGUGGCGAAUAAUGAUCCGGCGAACGUCAAGUUACAAGUCAACGAGGGCAUCGACGCGGUUAUCGUCGACAGCGUUCUCGCUAUUCGGAAAGGUUUGACGGAGGCGGAGAAUCAGGUUACUUCGUCCUAGUUUUUGGCAUAGCUGUUAUGAUACGGCAGCCUGCUCUAAUGUGUUGUUGAAAGAUUUUUUCUACACUUACGCGCGGUUCUUAUUCAGCGAGUCUGCCAGCCCUGAUGGUGCAUCAAGUCUGGGAGUCGGUUUAGUCGAGGAGUUUUCAAAUACCUGGCUCGAGUUGUUGGCUUUUGUCAAGCUCUGCUCAAGCUUUGUUUUUCUUAUUUGGGAUUUCGUUUUAUCCUUUUUUCUUUUUGAUACCCAAACUUAAGCCAAGAGUAUAUGGGACAUGGCGCCAUGUGUAGGUGAUCACUUUAACAUGCCGACCUAUAGACGACUACCCAUGCUUCCUUUUCAUUCUCACUGGAAACCCUCUUCUUCUACAUGUACGUCGAGAAAGACCUCACAGACAAGGCCAACUUGCUCAAGAAACCAGACUCAGCG